AUGCUCAAGUCGCCAUCCCUCCUCUGGGCUUUCUUGGGUGCCCAAGUCCUUAACAUGAUUCCCUUCAUUGCUGCUCAGGAUGCGCCGUUGUUCAUUCAGGGUGGCCUCGAGGCCGCUGUGGCGAAUGACGACUCGUACAACACUGGCGGCUCCAUCUCCAUCAAUGGCUUUGACAUGGUCGUUCCAAAGAACAUGCUGGUCCAGUUCCCGGCUGCCUACGUUCCAUGGAAGGACUUUGCUUCAGAGGUUGACAGUCUGCUUGGGUAUGAGGUCAAUGUCAUUGGCAACUUUGUCAACAACGUGCCCACGGCCGGACAAAUCAUUGCGUACGAAUUCUUCGAAGGACUAUCCAGUGGCUUUGUCGAGUCCAUUGACUUUGAAGACGGGAGCAUGAAGAUUCGCGGCGGGCCCACGCUGCGCAUCAGCGAUCCCAAUGCCGUCUUUUCGGUGGGCUACGCCGACGCUCCCUUCUUCACGGCCGACGACGAGAGUCCUAGCAUUAGCUCCUUCUCCGGCUUUCCCAUGUGCAUCCCCCGCAACGCGACCGACCCACUGUGCCCGUCCACCAAUCGUCCCUUUCAGGGUUCUGGUACCUUUGCUGCGCCAGAUCCUUUGAGUAUGGCGCCCUUUCUGCCUGGUGACUUCAUUACGUGGCAGGGCAUUCGCAGAGGCAAUGAAAUGAUCUGUUUCAGUAUCGUUGCUCAAAAUGUCCAAAUCACCACGACCGUUGACCUUGUCUACGUCCGUAUGGAGUUGGCACUCUUGGGUAUCGACAACUUCAAUACGAACACGGAAUUGAGAGAGUCCCGAUUCAUCGGCUUUGUCUCCAACGCUCGAGCUACUGCCAACUUGUACGCCAUGGACUACGAUCCGUGUACAGGAAACGUGACAGAUCGCCUCAUCGCCUCUGUGGCACUGAGGAAUGGCCGCAACGAGCAGAAUCGAUUUGAGUACCGCGCCGACAUCACCACUGGCUACGCCAGAGAUUACCGCGCAAUAGCACAAAUUGACGGUGUACCUAAAACUCGCCUUACAAAGCAGGGCCUUCUCGCUGGAGCUUAUGUACAGCCAGUCAACGUCUGGGUUCAGGCUGAGCAGCUGAUUCCCGGCACAGCCCCGCCCGGCAACGACUUCUCUCAGAUGCCCUGGCUCGUUCGAGGUGUUGGUGUUGAUGAGCUCGGCAACGUCUGGGGCCCACUCGACCCUUUUCCCCAAUCCGGUGUCCUCAUUGACCCUAUUGUCUGUGAGUAA